AUGCCUGGCAGUGGUUUCCGCUAUUCGGCCACCUACGAGAGCCCCUACCUCGAAGAAUCAGCGGCAACCGCAGCGGAAAAGCCCGUGGUCACGAUUCGCGGCUACGACGACAGAGACAACACUGCAGCGCGACCGAUAUGCCUGACAGCAGAUUACAGCUCGCCGGGAGGACCUCCUUGUCUAAUAGAUGACGAUGGCGGAGAAGAAGGCGGCGGCGACUUCGUCGACGGGGGUGGUGAAGAAUCUCCACCCGCGCCGCUCAUAAAAACUUUGGCCACGCCAGCUUCGAAACCUUUGCCCAUUGAUCCGCUACAAUUCGUUAAGACACCUGUACCGUCGCUAUGUAAACAGGCGGUUGAGCAGAUACAACUGGCGACGGAAAACAAAAUUACCAAGGAAAAAGUCAAGGAAGAGGAGGAAGAAUGGCAAGCGAACUUGGACAAAUGGAAAUCGGCUCGCCGCCAGCGAGUGCCUGAGAGACUCUUGAGUCGUGCCGAAGAAGCGAAGAAGCUGCUCGAGGAGGAAGAGCAGAGACAGAUACGAAAAGUGAAGACGUUUUCAGAAAUGAUGCAGCAGCGUCAGCAUCGACAACAGAGUCGGUACAGUCUGAACUUUUUCCAAGAUAUGGACGACAAUUUCGACGACGAGAACAAGGAGAACGACAUGCAACGAACUGCGCGCUUGACGACGGCAGACUCGGUCGACAGUCAGUCCGAAGGAAAAUCUUCGGACGGAGCUUCUUCGGAAGAGCGCUUGACGGAAAGCGAAUCGCACGGUUCCGAGGAGCGCUUGGCCUCGCCCGUCGAAGUGUGGACAGCCGACUCGGGCGUAGACUCGUUCAGCGGGAGUCACCAUACCGAAUUGGCCAUAACCACCAGCACUGAUCUUCUGAAAGAGUUCAGUUCGCCAUCAGAAUGUCAGCCAAUCCCUCGGGACGAGUCUUCGAAUCCGAACGAAGUUAUUAUCCGUCUCUCGAUAAACCCGUCGUCGGAUAUAUUCGGAUUCACGCUCACUCAAGACGGCCAGAAGGUCGUCGUGGAGUCCGUUGACGAAGAUGGUGUGGCCGACCUUGCGGGUCUAAAGAAAAACGACGAGAUCAUCUCGUUGAAUGGCGUUCUAGCCGAUUCGCCGGGAAGCGUACCGUCAUCCAUGGAUCUCGCCCUGAUGACAGGACAGCUGGAGAUGGUGAUCUACCGAUCCGACGGCUCGGGCGGCAAUGACGCAGACGAGGCGGAACGCAUAAGUGACUUUCAGCGAAAAAUCGCUCGGUUCUCGGGCGACGCUGCCGGCGGCACGGCGGGCGACAAGACGGCUGCGAACGAAGUGAUUAUUGAACCAAAGCUCGUCGAACGGAGGAAAUCUCAACUUUUCAUCCAGGCGCUCCAAAUGGAGCAGCAGGAGAACGAGGAGAGGGAGAAGCCUCAGGACCUCGUGCCAGUCGAAGAUCAACUCGUUCUGAAGCGCAAGAAUUCGCUGUCGAAGUCGAUGAACGAGGCGCGAUACGACGCGGUGGACAGGCGAACGCCCCUGGAUGAAAUCGAACCGCAGAUUAUCGAGCGGAAGAAAGCCGAAUUCAUCCGACAGGCCAGCAGUGACAACAUUUCGUUGAUGAGAACCGAGAUCGCGGUUGAGCCGCACAUCGUCGUCCAGCGGAAGGCGUCGAUCGAGAACUGCGCACAACGUUACGAGGACAGUCGUGUCCUCGACCUGCAGCCUUCCGUGCCGGUGGCCCAACUGAAAGCCUCGAUAGAGAGUGGUAACACUUCCGAACCAAACAAGCCAAAGACCCCCUCCGUCGACAUCGAGCUGACCAUCGAAGAGCGGAAAGCGAGCUUCUUCGAACACUCCGGCAAAGACAUCGAAAAAACCAUGGUCGAUGUCCCGAUCGAACCGAAACUGAUCGAGCAGAGGAAGGCCAGUUUCAUCGAGAACAGGCUCGACGCGGCCUCACAGAGGUCGACCAAAGGUCAUCUCGACCUGGACAUUCAGCCGAAACUGCUCGAGCAGCGGAAGGCGGAUUUCCUCGAGAACGCGUCUAAAACCUUGGUCCAUAAAACUCCGCAAGACGAAGCGAUCUGUGUUGAGAAGGAACAACGGCUUCCUCUGCAGAACAGCUCCGAAGCUCCAUUGGCCCAGAGCGAUCCGAGCCGCAAGGUGGAGCUCACCGUGAACAACAUGCAGUCAAAGCCCAAGUGUGAGGUACCGAUCGAACCGGACCUCAUCAAGAAGCGCAAAGAAGCUCUCUUCUGUUCGUCCUCGAUGACGAAUGAAAUCGAGAGGCGUCGCGUCAAAUUAGCCAACAUCGAAGCUGAAGUUUACGGAGAGAUCCGACGAGAGGACGACUCCCCACCGCCACAAGCCGUACCGGCCGCUGUCGCGGACCUCGCAGGCUCUGAUCGCAGAGCGUCUCGCAAUACCCAGAUAGUCGAGAUCGCUUCUUCGGCAAUGUCCCCGGCUGCUUGCUCUGAAACCAGCGAAGACUCGAGGAGCAUGUCCAGCUCUACCACAACGGUGACUGAGAUCCGUCGAGAAGUCGGCAAUCCCAUGAUGUCCUCAGUCGGUUCCGGUUCUCUGUUCUCUCCGGUCUCGGAUAGGAACGAGUCACCGGCUCACCUCUCCGAUGUUUCGCCCGAGACAGAGAUCUGCAGCCCUCUGGGCAACAAGGGCCUGCACUUCGAAGCGACGGACAAACUUUUCGACUUCGGGACCCCGAAGCAGUGCAUCGCCACAGGAGCAGUCCCCGAGCGGAGAGAACUGUCGGACAUUGUUUUAGAUUCUCCCCCCAGCGAGAGAGAUCAAAUCGAGAAGACCGCUCUUGUAGCCGAGCGGAAUCGUUGCGUCAAAAACGCUGGUCAUACUCCGUGGAUCAGAGAAAAUUCAAGAAGAGACGACAUGCCUGCCCGACAGCAUGUCUCGCAUAGCGCGACCGCGGCCUCGAAGAGCUCGGAGCAGAGACCAGCGCAGCUGAAUUUCUCGAAACGCGGAGAUGAUUUCCUUAGAAGUGAGGUGGUCAACCUGAACCCAGCUCCGCAAGCACAACAACUUGGGCCCGCACCGACGAAAAUUUCUAUUGAUAUGGACCAUCAUGCUUACGAGAAUCACGAGUUAGGAGCGGGAGAACGACAGACCCACGCUUCGCAGAUGUACGAACUCUACGAUCAGUUACCGGGCCAGCUCCCGAGAGGUCACAAGAAAGAAGUCGCUCCGCCACCACCGAACGGAGUCGCUCCAUACGGUGAGGAAUUGUACGAAAACGCCCCGCCAUUCAAAACCCAACAGUACUAUCACGGCGCUUUCCAACCGACUUGGAAAGAAGCGAUAAAUCCUCGAUCGGCUGCUUCCUCUCACAUCCAAGUGGCCACUAACGUCCAGACCAGUCAUCACAUGCAGCCAUUGAAUCAAAUCAGAGAUGAUGGCGUGUACGGGGAAGUUCGGAAACCAGCGCUGGAUUCGAUCAGCCUGAUUGAGGUGAAAAAACGAGAUCAUCAGAUCAGGAAGCACGAGAGGAAGAGUUAUCAUGAGGGAAUCGUCAAUUAUCCCGCAUAUGACUAUCUGGGCCAACGCAAUUUAUACAAUUGUCCUGAGGACAUCUACGAAAACACCCGGAAGUACGCCAAAUCCUGUGAAGAUAUCUCUGACGCCUCGGCGCAAUUCCCCGGGAGACCGGCAUCGCAAUUCCCACCCGGUGGAGAUGCGUGCUCUGACAGGGGCGGGUACGGGCAGGAGAUCUACGAAAACGUCGAAGCCUACGCAAAGGUCAGGGACUACCGGAAUAAUCUCCACAAGCCGUCCGUCGCUGAAGACUUCUACGAGGUCCCGCGGCCCACUGACCAAAGUAAAGUGAAAAUCCCCAUGGGUCAGUCAUCCGCUCAUGAUCAGAUGCAAAGAUCACGUAGCCAACCGUAUAUGGGUGCCCCAGCGACCGGGCUGGACCCGAAGUUGAGGCCGCAGAGGAGCAGCGCGGAAAACCUCGAAGAACCGCGACCGCUGACCGCGGAAAUGGGGGCGAAGCGAAAGCCUGCUCAAGCGAAUAAGAGUUUCAACGCAAAUCACUGGCUCGUACAAGAGGCUGAAAUGCGGCGGCAGCUUGAAGCCAAUAUUUACGCUUCUGCUAUUCCUCAAACUCAAUCGAGCAGCGCUAAUGCGAACUGUGUCCCCCCUUCGACUCUUCCGAACCCGCAGGCCAAUAUCACGAACGUGGCUCUGAACAUGAGUGAAGCUUCACCUCAAGUGCCACCGAUGAGAAAAAGUGCUCCGCCCAGUACCGCGGCUUUCCCUGGCAAUCAGUCGGGUCAGCCUCUAGCGAUCUCGGGAAAGAAACGAUGUUCUCUCUGCUCCUCCGAACUCGGUCGGGGGGCGGCCAUGGUAAUCGAAAGUCUCCAGUUGCACUUCCACCUGGAUUGCUUCCGUUGCUGCGUGUGCAAACAACGACUCGGCAACGGAACUUGCGGGACCGACGUCCGCGUGCGGAACUCCAAGUUGCACUGUCAGAAUUGUUACUCUAACGACGAGGCGGGCGUGAAGCUCAGCCGCGUAUAAUCGGACCGAUCAUCGCCUUGUGUACAGACCGUGUUGCUCAUGACGCGUCCUCUCAGUGGACGCUGUGGAUGUAUUAUACGUUUGCAAUGCUUAAACUUUGAAUAAAUUCUA